AACAGAGUCAAUCUUCCCACGCUCCUUGCUGCUCUGCCGUAGGACGUGGGAUGAUGUUGUGUACAUGCCAGCGCAGCAGACGAGUAAUUCGUGGCAUUUCCGCCAAGCGACCAUGGGCGUAGGAGAAAACAUCGCGUCAUCCUCUCCCGUCAUCGAUAAGCACCUGUCUCGUACGAGCCCACUUCACCCCAUUCCAUCGCUAGGACGGAGACUAGAAUAAUCCUACAUACGGUCCGAGACUCAUCCACGAUUCUUCGAUUCGAGCACCCGAGUCGUAGAUACCACCACACCAAUUGCGUGCCGCCAUCUCGGACGCCACAAGCCCAGCCAAACAGAACGCGUUUCGCGUUGCAUAAGCAUGUCGAGCCGAUAUUUUGACGCGAAGUGAACCGAAUCACACCUUUUUAAGCUUUUGCGCCGCCCUUCAGGACGAGAUGGCGAGCUCACAGCAAAAUCGCCCACCGGCGACAGUUUGGCAUGCGGUUGAGGGCAGGAGCGAGAACCUUAGCACCACCGUCAUGAGGCCUUUAUACACCAGCUGUCGCGAGCACCACGAGACUCGGUCACAAAGUCGGGAUCCUUUCUAUCAUCCUGCGAAUAAUGGUGGUUUGAACACUGCCAGAACGGAUACAGUUUCUUCUUCCAUCGAGACGACAGCACCCAGACAACAGAGACCCAGAUUUCUCACACUCAACUCUUUGCCUAGAAUGCCUUCUGCGUCCCCAGAGGCGCAGCGACGUGAACCGAUGGGCUCACCGUUCCUUCGAUUACCCACAGAAAUCCGACUCCAGAUAUACUCACUUCUGAUCUUUCCUCGCCGGGCCAUCGACCUGCUUUGCUCCUUCGAGAGAAUCGAUGCAAGCGCUGUGGAUGCAGUCGACUAUAAUCAAUGGAAGGUGAUAGAUGACGGAACAGUGCGACCAGAUCUGCUGAAGAAUCCAACUCUGCGCAUUCGGACGGUAGACCCAACGAGGUACAAAGCCCGCUACGCAGACCGACCACAUUCUCGGACGAGCUACAGCGUCCGAGCCGACCGCUUUGCUGCUCGAUGUAUGGCAACGACAUACCACUGUGUCAACGUGCCUCGCAUCGAACACAAUCUGGCCAUUCUACGAACGAAUAAGCAGAUUCACGCCGAAGCUGCAGAGCUGAUGUAUUCAAGCUAUACAUUCGAUUUCGACACGCAUAUUGAGGCCAUUAUACCUUUCCUCCGCGACCUCACGCCUUUCACGCGCGGUUGCAUCAAGAGCAUACGACUCACGAAGCGGGCUUUGGCCUAUUUGAAAGAGUUUGAUAAGUGUGAGUGGGAGAACGCACUGCGAUAUCUUACGAAUGUGGACAACAACAUCUUCCUGCGGCGACUAGAGCUGGGCGUCGUCGCAGGAAGGCCGGGCGAGCGAGGCUGGGAUCGCAUUGCGAGCUACUCUGCAGCGGACUUCCGACUUCUGAAGACCCACGAGGGAAUGGAAUGGCUACAGUACCUGGAGGAGCUGAACAAGUUGCAAGAGCUGGAAGUUCAGGCGAUAGUAGAGCACUGUCCGCCUGUGACAAGCUCUACGAAUAUGCACAAUUAUGUGCGCUUCUCAGCAAGCGUUGAAGGCGGUUUUGCGGAGUAUCUGAAGGAACAGCUGCUGUGUCCAGCAGCACAACAGAGAAUUGCUUGUCGAGCGUGAGGAUGUGACGAUACGAAUGUGAUGAGAAAUGUGCGAUAUUAGAAACCUCACUUUGUAGGACUGUGACGAUGAAAUGAACAAUGCCACUCUGAAG